CCUACCUGUGUCCUGUACAAGUCUCCAGUUACUACCCACCCACGUUCAUACUUGUCAAAUUAGCCAUUUUUAUAGUUGAAAGCUGCAUUACAAUCCCCUCCAAGAUGUCCGACAACGCUGCCCUCCGCUCCGGCCUCUUCAAGACCGCCGCCAUCCUCAGUCUUCUUUCGACUGCCGGUCACAUCAAGAUGGGUCUCGACGAAAUUUACCCACAAUUCAAGGCCCUCCAAAAUCCUCGUGCUAGACGCGCAGCUCACAAUGGUUGGGAUUAUAUCAACGUGACGAUGCUUCUUUCAGCUCUGCUCAACUGGCAAUGGGCGAAAAAGGCCCCGGAGUCUCUGGAGGACAAGGGAAUGCUGGCAGUCUUAGCAGUCGGUGGUGCGUUCAUGGGAUUCCGCUACGGAGCUGUUGGAGAAUGGCGUCCGAUCGUGACGUAUUGGGGGAUUCCGACCAUUGCGAUUGCAGCCACUCUUUUGUAAUGGAGAUGCCGCAUGUACUAUGGUUACAGGCAAAAGUAUUGUUAGCGCGGCGCUAAUCAGGGGUAUCCAACCUAAACCGUUUUUGUCCUUUUUUCAUUACAAAUUAGAUAUAGAUUUCAUUAUCGUGUAUAGCCUCCAUUUGCGCCUAUCACAUCCUAGCAUCUCUAGCCCAUUGAUUCGACAACUCGUACAGGAAUUCCUCUAGUAUAGCCUCCCAAGCAUCGUUAAUUCCCUCC